GACUACAUCUUCUCUAUAUUGACUGGCUACUGUGAUCCACCAGCUGGUGUGGAACUGAGGGAGGAUCUUUAUUUCAAUGCUUAUUUCCCUGGUCAAGCUAUAGCAAUGGCACAAGCCUUGUACAAUGAUAUCAUAGAGUAUGAAGACGGAACUCCUGCRUCUGUCAGUCAGCUAGCUAAAGAUGUCAGCACCUUCCUCAAGUGGUCAGCAGAACCCGAUCAUGAUGAUCGCAAGCGCAUGGGAAUGAAGGCUUUGGUUAUUUUAUCUCUUAUCUUGGCCGCAUCAUACUACUACAAACGUCAUAAGUGGACCGUCCUGAAGAGUCGUAAAAUAGCCUAUCGACCCUCUCCACACACAUAACCAUAAGGGCACUGAUGGGAAGUGCUUGUGUAUUGUAUUAUUGAAGGAAAUAUGAAAGCAACCUCUAAUGGUUGACCAGAAUUUUUUAAAGAUCUUGUAAAUGGUUGAUAUCUUUGUUUUAGAAUCCAAGUCAAAGUGUCAUUUACCGUGUUAAUUCGAUUUUGUGAUUAAAGUCACUGAAACAUUAA